AUGAGCGUGCUGAACGACUGCCUCCGCAGCAUCUUCAAUGCGGAGAAGCGCGGCAAGCGCCAGGUGCUCGUCCGUCCCGUGUCCAAGGUGAUCGUCAAGUUCCUGCAGCAGAUGAUGAAGCACGGCUACAUCGGCGAGUUUGAGAUUGUGGACGACCACCGGUCGGGCAAGAUCGUGGUCGAGCUGAUCGGGCGCAUCAACAAGUGCGGCGUCAUCUCGCCGCGCUUCGAC